AAGCCGGCGGCGCGCGGGCGGCUGGGCAGGGAGGGCGGCCGGGCGGGCAGCGGCCCCCGCCCGCGUCUGCGCCCCUCGCUCGCGCAAGACCCCGGCUUCGGUGCCUCGGGCCCCGUCGCCCGUCGCCAUGGUGGGCCGGCUGAGCCUGCAGGAUGUGCCGGAGCUCGUGGACGCGAAGAAGAAGGGCGACGGCGUCCUGGACAGCCCGGAUUCGGGGCUCCCCCCCAGCCCCAGCCCCAGCCACUGGGGGCUCGCGGCGGCCGCGGGAGGCGGAGGCGGCGGGGAGCGCGCUACGGCCCCGGGGGCGCUGGAGCCCGACGCGGCGGCGACCCCCACGGCUCCGAAUCCAGCGCCUCUGCCUCUGCCUCCCAGCUGUGCACUGAGGCUGUGCCCCCUGUCCUUUGGCGAAGGAGUGGAGUUUGACCCCUUACCACCAAAGGAAGUAAGGUACACGUCCUCGGUCACGUACGACUCGGAGCGACACUUCGUGGAUGGCGUGCAGCUGCCCCUGGGCCUGGCCGUGGCCUCCUGCAGCCAGACGGUCACCUGCCUCCCCAACUGCACGUGGCGCAACUACAAGGCUGAGGUGCGCCUGGAGCCGCGCCACAAGCCCGCACGCUUCCUCAGCACCACCAUCGUCUACGGCAAGUACCCCAAGACCGUCUACACCACCACCCUGGAUUACAACUGCCGCAAGACGCUGAGGCGGUUUCUGUCCAGUGUGGAGCUCGAAGCCGCGGAGCUCCUGGGCAGCGACGACCUCUCGGAUGAAUGCUGACUCGGCAGGCUGGGCUGGGGCUGGGCGGCUCUUCCGCUGCCCUGACCACGACCUCUCCAGGCUGGGCUGGGGUCAGGGUCAGGGUUAGGGGGACCGGCUCUUCCGCUGCCCUGACCACGACCUCUCCAGGCUGGGCUGGGGUUAGGGUCAGGGUUAGGGGGACUGGCUCUUCCGCUGCCCUGACCACGACCUCUCCAGGCUGGGCUGAGGUCAGGGUCAGGGUCAGGGUUAGGGGGACCAGCUCUUCCGCUGCCCCUGACCUCACAGAUGACUCGGCAGGCUGGGCUGGGGUCAGGGUUAGGGUUAGGGGGACCGGCUCUUUCACUGCCCUGCCCCUGACCUCUCCAGGCUGGGCUGGGGUCAGGGUUAGGGUUGGGGGACUGGCUCUUCUGCUGCCCUGCCCCCAACCUCUUGCAUGACUCGGCAGGCUACACUGGGGUCCCACGGCUCUUCUACUGCCCCCAGCUACCCUGGCCAAGCCCGGUGGCCUUGCCCUUCAUGUCAUUCUAGCCCCAGAGGAGUCUAACCUAGAGACACCUCCAAGUCCGGGGAAGAAAAAAAAUCACUGCGUCUCAUAAUGACUGAGAUCUUUGUGUUUUAAUUUCAAGCUGUUUUUGAAAAGAGUGUUUGUCCUGCUUUGCUGCUGUGGUGUUUCCCCAAAGUCUCCAUCUGAUGAGGCCAUAAAAAGGCCAUGAGGAGGCCGGAAAGCAGCAGCGGUCUGGGAUGGGAGGGAGGGAAGCUCCCCAUCCACUGGUCAGUUCCUCAGAAGAAGAGUGUGGAAAUGUCCUGGGAUGGAAAGUGAGAUUUAAGGAAUUUCAGCCGCGGGGUGUUCACUGCAUAAAAGUGGUGCUAAUUCAGUAAACGGUGGUGCCGUGGGGUCCAGUCUGUGGAGAGCUGAGCUCCCUCCUGUGUGUUUAAAUUCCCACCUCCUUUUGUGUUUCCUGUUACCUAAAGUCUUGCAAUUCCCUAAAUCUUUUUCAAGGUAACAACAACAAAAACCCCAAACCACAAUAUAAGAUGCCUUAAAAAAAAAAAAAAAAAAAAAAAAAAGAUUGGCCCUGUUGUCGCCUGCUCCGGGAAGGCCAGGGACGUCCUCCGGGACGGCAGGUUUGGGAGCGGUGGCUUUGGUUCUGGUUGCUUCCUUGUGGUCAGUUCCAAGCGCAGACUUUGGCAAAACGCCUGAAACCCCUGGCAUCUGGUGACAGUCUCCGCAGGCUUCUGAGGCUCUCCUGAUAGGUGUUUUGGGGUUUCAGAAUACUUUCCAGUUUUCUCACAAGGCAAAACAGAGGAGAGGGCUUUUUUUUUUUUUUUUUGGAGAGAAACAGUAUGUUUCUCUCAAAACAUACUGUCGGAGUAAGAGUAUGCUUGGAAAACACACCUUUUGGGAGUCCAUGGGGGAGAGGAUACUUGGGGCAGGAACCGGUGGCUCUGACCCGAGGAGGCGGACGCGGAUGACGACUGGGUUAUUCUGAGAGGGGCCGGGCUUGACUCAUUCUUAGGACUUCGAUGGCGUCAGAAUUGGCGGGAUUCUGCCAGUGCCUUAGGACUAAUGCAAAAAGCAGUGAAGGCCGGUGUGGCGGCUCGUGCCUGUAGUCCCACCUACUCGGGAAACUGAGGCAGGGGGAGCUCUUGAGCCCGAGAAUUGGAGACCAGUCUGGGCAACAUAGUGAGCUUCUAUCUCUAAAAGAAAAAAAGGCGAGGACAUCUCUGCCCCCGACCCCCGACACCAGCCAAGCUAAGCUGAAUUGGAGUAGGAAUGGCACAAAAACCUGGCCGCUGUCAUGGUGUCCUGCGUCCCUCUUAUGGGCUGUUCGAGUGGAAGCGAUAGUCGGGGAGCUGGAGUCAACUGAAGAUGUUCGCGAGGUUGACCCGGCCCAGCGGCGGGGCGGGGACCAGGGUUCGAGGCCCUGGCCCUGCCUCCCGCAGCCCGCACUCCCCGGUCUCUGCUCCUUAGAACCUUCCACCCAUCCCUGUGGUGUUUGGGUAAAGAAAGUGGCAGACGGUCUUUUUUCUUCCAAUAUUGGAAAUAACAAACUAGAUACUUACUUUGAAUCCACCCAGAUUAUGUCAAGCGCCCAAGGCCUGCGGAGCGCCGUGAGCUCAGCCUCCGCCGUGGCUCUGGUUUCCGUGGACGGCUUGCAUCUGCCCCGACGCGGUGCCCAGAGCCACGGCGGGGACUCUGUGCGGGGAUAAUGCCUCGUCUGCGGUGGGGGAGGCGGCGAGAACCACGCUGUCCUCUGUGGACAGCAGCGUUCAUCUGCUGUGUCCCUAAUGGACACGACGGCGCCGUGGACAAAGCCAGUGGCCCCCUUGGUGGCUCCAGCUUCCGGGCUGAAGCUCAGCUGGGACCCAGUGAGGGGUACUCGGGGCUCCAGCGUCUCCUCAUAGUCACGUGCAGAGUGAAAAAUGCUUCCUGUGGUUGACAGAGCAAGUGCCAUGAUAAAAAUGGAUUUUUUGUCUGAUUUCAUGCUGUGAAGUGGUCAGUGUAAUUUUUAGGUAACGUUAGGGGGUCCUCAAGGCCUUGCUCUGCCCCGUUUCCACUUAGUGGAAACAGUACCCCCUGCGCGGCAGGCGUGGGAGUCACUUGUUCCCCGGUGUCCUUAGGAGACUUUUUUUUCUUUUGUCUUAGGGGACUGUUAAGUUCAGGCAAAUCAUGCUAGGUGUGGAGACAGUCUGACAUUCAUCAGUAAAGAAAGUGGGAGUGAGCGAUUGUGAAUGUGUAAUGCAAAUGGAAAACCAGGUGUUACUGUGUUAAGUUACUCACUAGGGAGCAGCUGCAGCUCUUUCCAAGCCUCUUUCUCUCCAAACCUGACAGCUGCAGAAAAGGAAGCGUGUGAGGAAAAUGGAACCUGUCAGGGUGGGUUGGAGGCGUCUGUCCACUGUUCCUUUGCAAGGUGGAAGCAGUGAGCUUUCAGACCCACUGAUUAAAAACACACAUUCCUAAGUGUAUGUGAGAGACACUGUUUGUUAAUUAAAAAUCUUUUUUCUCCGUCUCUUAAAUCAUGGCUUUCAGGUAAUAAGGAUACUUUUAGCGAAAAGUUGUUUUUCUUUCAAACCACAGACCUUUUUAAAAGACUUUACUUUGAGCGAAUACCUUUCUAUUUGACACUUUCCCUGUUUCUGACCUUAGGAAACCAGAAAGCAUUUGACAGAUGCGAUGUUUUCAGUUGACUUUUGACACCUGUUGCACUCCCUUUCGCUUUGCGACUUCUCCAUUUAACAAUAAAUUAUCUGAAAAACAAAA